GGUAGUUGGGGAGUAAGUGCUUCUGAUUUUCUUGGUUUCCCCUGGGAACGGUAGAUAGAUGGACUCACUGACCCUUCAAACCCAUGAAUCCCCAGGGUCUCAAGCAAACACCUAACUCCCCUUCAUGUUUUAAAUUCCAUAACUUCUCUCUCCCCCUUCCUCACAUCGACUAAUCCAUAGUGAAACUGUUCCCAAGUUCCCACAGCUUAAGCACUCCUCCUCUCUGUUUUCCCUCUUCUUCAUCACUCAUUUAUUUUCUUGUUUUCUGAGAAUCUGACAUAUGGCUCCAAAGAAUGAGGGUAGUGCUAAUAAAAAGGUUAUGAACAGAGGAGCAUGGACUGCUGAGGAAGAUGGGAAACUGGCUGAGUAUAUUGAGAUUCAUGGCGCAAAGAGGUGGAAAACUAUUGCACUUAAAGCAGGUCUAAAUCGAUGUGGCAAGAGUUGCAGAUUGAGAUGGCUGAACUACUUGAGACCUAACAUCAAAAGGGGCAACAUUUCAGAUGCAGAAGAAGAUUUGAUUCUCCGACUACAUAAACUCCUAGGCAACAGAUGGUCUUUGAUAGCUGGGAGACUUCCAGGGCGAACAGACAAUGAGAUAAAGAACUACUGGAAUUCUCAUUUGAGCAAGAAAAUAAAAGGAGAGAAAAUAGCACAAGCUCCAACCCCUCAACAACCUGUGCCCCAAAAGAACUGUGAGACCACUUUUGUGGAACAAGAACUAGCUAUGGGAAUCGAGAACCCAGAACUUAAUUUUGAUGUAGAUGAGUUCUUUGACUUCUCCACCGAAGGAUCCUAUGGUCUAGAGUGGGUGAAUAACUUUCUCGAACUAGACAAGGAUCACUGUCUCACUGAAAACAGGUGAGCUUUGUUAGGGGUUUACAAACUAGUGCUUUACUUUUUUCUCUCCUUGAGGAAAAUAAACUCUUCUUUUUUUGUAUUUUGUAUAAAUUUCCAAAUAAAAACUUUUCCCCUUC